AUGGAUCAAGAAGAAGAGUAAGGAUAUUUUUUGAAUAUGACUUUGCUUAAAAAGAGCUUUGUUUCAGCCUUCAAGGAUCAAUCACAAGUCCAUCAAAUUUUAUCGAAUAUCUAAUUUAGUGUACUUAAGGGAUUUAAAAUCAGAUUGGCUGCAAAUGAACAGAUCGAUGAUGUGGAUUUUGAUAAGAUAAUCUUUCUAUUUGAUGGUUAAAAAGUUACUUCGAACUCUAUGAGUCACAUCCUAAUUAAUUCAGAAAAUGCUAAUUAUUUAUCUCCUAAAACUUAUUACAAGAUAUUACAACCCUUUACUUCAAAUCUCAAGAUGUUGUCCCUUAAUAUUAUGGAUAAUGCAGGUCUUUCUAUAGUAGAAUGGCUAAAGCAAUUAUCUUUGAUAAUCUAAUCUUGUGUUCAAUUAGAAUAAUUAUAUAUCUAGAUUCACAAAUUUGUUACAAUUAUCUUGAAUAAAGGUUACCUUUAAAUCAAACUUAAAUGCGGCAUUACUAAUGAUGGCACUAGUAUUGAAUAAUUGGCAUAACUUGGUUCCAAAUUGCAAUUUAAUAAAUUCCGAUUAAAAAUAGAUGAAGAUAACGUUAUUAAAAAUAGUCUAGAUCAUUUUGGUCCAAUUCUUCUGAAUUGCAAUAAUUUGAAUUAUUUCUCAUUAACAAUUGGAUAAUCAUGCUAAUUAAAUUCAACCUAAUUCCUCUAAUGUUUGAAUUUACAACCAAUUAAGACCUUUAAAAUAAAAAUUGGCAAUUCGAACGAAAUUGGAAAUCAAGCCUUAUUAACAAUUUUGUAAUUGAUUCAGAAUUAAUUGAGAUUUCUCAAACUUUAAGUUGGUAGUUCAACCAAAAUAUUUAAACAAUUUUAGUUACAAUCGUAGUAUAAUGAAGUGACUAUGAAUCAAUCUUAAUUUAAUAAAUUAGAAUAAUUGAAUUUUAAAAUUGGUAAGAACAAUGACUUUCAAAAUGGUGGAGCCAAAUUCUUAGCCUUAUUAUUAGACUCACCACAACUAUAGAUGGUAAAAAUCAAUAUCGGAGAUUCUAAUUAAAUGACAGAUCUAUAAGCCUUAUCGAUCUUUAUAUUACUUUAAAAGUUAAGAACAGUAAAUAUAUUGGAAUUAGAAUUUGAAAGGAAUAUCUGUGUUAAUAAAUUGUGCUUAGAAUAAUUAGAGAAGCUUAUCAAUAAAAGCAGCAAUUUAAAUAGUCUUUCUUUAAAUUUUGCAAAACAAUAAUAAAAUUUAGAUUUUACCAAUUUAUUUUACACUCUUGGGCAGAAGAGAAAUCUAGUUAAUUUAGAUCUGAGCAUAGGUGGACAAUAAGGUUUACCUGAUUUAUUUGAAUUAGGUCAAAGACUUAAAGAAUUAGAGUAUCUGAGUGUUUUCAAGAUACAUUUGAAGGGUAAUAAUAAUAUAGAGUAUCCAAAAUUACAGUAAUUCUUAUAAUUAGUAAAAUCUAAUAAGACUCUUAACUUACUAUCAAUUAAAACAGGAUCUUAGAAAUCUAGUGAGUAUAGAUAAGAAGAAAUGAAUUCAAAUGCACUUCUAUUAAAAAGGAUUUGCCUCUUUGGAACACCAAUAAUUAUAUAUUUUAGUCACUUAAAUGAUCAAAUAAGUUAUUAAUAUAAUUUCGAUAGAUUAUAAUUGAUUGGAAAUCUGCAAGUGAUUUCAAGAGAUACAUUAAUGCCUAUUCCUUCAAAUUAAUUGGUACUUUAGAUAAGGGAUGUAUAAAGAGUAGAUAAUUAAUAAUUGAAAUAAAUUUAUUCCUUGAUUAAAUAAUAGGACUACAUAGAUAUUCAAAUAUCUUAAUUGCUUAUCAAAUAUUAAAAUGGAGUUUCCGUGAUGAAAGCAGACUCACUUAAUUAUCUAGUCUAAUUUGUAGCAUUUACUUAAAGACAAAUAACUGAAAUUAAAAUUUAGGAAGAAGAUUUUCUAUGGUAAGGAAUCAGCUAAUUACUCCUUGAGUUCAUCAGAAGGUAAAGAACAGCGGAAAUUCCAGAAUUUAAAUUUAUUUCGAAGAAUAUUAGCAUCAUUUUACAAAAUAGUUCCUUAGAAAUAAAAGCUAAGGACCCUAUGGAACUAAAUUAAGAAGGUUUUUCAGAGUUUUGUGAAUUGCUAUUUUUGAUUUCUUACUUUGAAGUUAGAUUUCUAAAAAUAGAAUUUCCAAUAACAAAUUUCAGUUAAGAUUGGAAUUAAUUAAGUAGUGCUUUGGUACACUUUGAAUAAUUACAAAAACUAGAUUUGAAUUUGAAGAAUCUAUCUAACAAUGAGGGUCAUUGUCGAGAUUAUAAAUCACUCCAUUAAAAUUUGUUGAAGGUAUUUAUGGAGAAUAAAUAUCUCACAGAUUAUGAUUAUUUUAGCGAAAAGGCAGUGUUUCCCAUUACUUUACAAUAUCAUUUAGGAAAUCAAAUAAAAGAGUUGGAAGGACAAAUUAACUAAUAAGAGGCCUAAGUUCAAAGGAUUUUGAAUGGCAAUCCAAUUCCUGGAGAUCAAAAUGUUGACUUUGAUCAACUGUAAUAGAGUCUAAAUGCCAACAAGAAGGAUUUAGAGGAGAGAAAUAAGGACAUAAAGAGAGGCAAGGAAUUCGAUGGGAUAAAAUAGAAAGUAUUAUUGAGAAGAAGGAGAUUGACUUAUUAGUACUUUAUGGCAAUAAAGAAAUAUUCUUAAAGGUUGAACAAAUAAUAAAUGAUAUCUGAUAUUAUUGAAAUGUUAUGA